CUCGCCCCCCCCCACCCCAGAGCUGCCUGGAAACACCCGGUUCCUCACCCUCCGCCGGGGGAGGGAGGGGGGUUGUUGGUUGUUUUUUUUUUUUCCCCCCCUUGGCUGACUUUGCCUGCCUGCCCCGCAGUCGGCUGGGGAAGCGAUCAAGGGAUCGGAGGAUUUGGAGAAGAACCAGGAAUUAAAGCACAGCUAAUGAACCUUAUUCGAUCCGUCCGAACCGUUAUGCGAGUGCCAUUAAUAGCAGUGAACUCUGUUACAAUUGUGCUGCUCCUGUUGUUUGGCUGAAGAUGAUCUGUUGCAAAAGCUUUUGGACAUCCAAAGAGGAAAGUUGCCAACCAUCACGGCUUUUCUGGGAUCCAACAUGAUGUAGCUGUCAAUUUGACAUUCGACUUACAAUAAUAAAGACACUGUUUCUAUUUAUCUUAUUUCCCUAAUGUUCGCUUACAGUUUCAUUAAACAAGAGAAUGGGAUCAGUGCAACAAUGCUGUAAAUAUAUUGGACUCCGACAAGUUCUACUGCUGCCUGUUAAUAGCAUUGACUGUUACAAUAUGCGUUGUAACAUAUUGCAAUGAUUGUCAAUAGGAUGCGGCUUUUGUCUUGUCACUCAGGGAUGGAUUUCUCUUAGUACACUUCCCAAUUUAUUUUUAAAUUUAAAAAAAUCCAGUGUUUGUUAUUACAUAGUUACUACCACGGUACUAUUUAACAGAGUAUGAAUUUUGGCUCUAGAAAUAUUAUAAGCUAUUGAAAAUACUGUUGUGAUUUUGAAGAGGCUAAAACUAGAGGGGGGAAAAAAGCCUGUUUCAUUCGAAAUCAUAAGUGAAAUUUUCCUGGCUAAGCUGAGGCCAGGAUUUUUCUCUUGGUGUUUGAUAGCUUUCUCGGAUUGAUGAUGUUUGAUGCUAAUGGCAAAGUAGGUUGGAAACAGGUGCAAUAGCUAUGCAACAUCUCAAAGAGCUGUACCUAAAUAGAGGCAAUUCAGUGUUAAUUUAGAUUAGCGAGUGGUAUUAGUAACUAGUAUUGGUUACUAUUCUUUCAAGGAUUAUUAUUACUUCUUUUUUUUUUUUUUUUAAGUGUGCGUUAAACUUUUGUGUAGUACUUUGUGUUAGAAGCGGGGAACCAUUUGUAUUCUGAGCUUUUGGGGUAAUAUGGGAGGAAAAUACUGCGCCCUUUUCAAAUGCAAUUCUUUUUUUUAAGCAAGAGCAAAUUUGCAACCUCCGUUACUGCUUCUUCCCCCCUCCAUCUUCCUCUGUUAAAGUAAGGACUUUCUGAAAUUGAUCCUGUGGGUAUGACUUUGCAGUUCUUUCUCAGACAGUACUGCUAAUUCCUUAGAUACAGAUCUUCUCAGUGAAGUCUGCUGGGUCAGGCCGAAUGUUAUAUAGCAACUUUGAAUGCAAGGAAACGGUUCCUCAUAUACCUUUUUAGAAAAGCUAGACUUCAAAUGUCUUUUCUGUUUCUCUCUGCUGGAGUGUGACUUGUUUUGGCUUAUUUUUAAAAGUGGGAAGGGCUAGAGAAACCAGGCAGUUAUGUUGUUUUAAAACAGCUUGGUUGAUCAUCUCUUCUGAUGUCUUGAUGACUAAAGUAUACAUGGUUGUAUACAAAGAUAAGUCUGUAAAACGUGUAAAUGAAUUCAACAGGUUUCAGUUGCAGUGUUUUGCAGAGGAGAGUAUAUCCAGGAAGAGGGAUUUUGUUGUUUCCUUUUUUUAGUGAAAACUUGUAAAUAAAUUUUGACUUUCUAAGUUACGCAUUCUCUUUCGUAACUUGCUCCAUAUCUGUGUUCUGUGGGAGUAUCUUGAAACUCAACUUUAUCCUGUUCUACAUGCCAAAGUCAGUGUUCUUAUUUAAAAUACUUUUCUGUCUUAUUCCUAUGGCACUUGCAAAUACCAGCUCUCCACUAUGAGGCAAUAUUUUGGUGUUAUGUAGCAAACCUAAUGAGCCAUAGUAAGAUUGGCCAGAGGCAGAAUAAAAUCAUGCUAUGUCUUACAUUUCCAAGUAGGUAAAUCUAUUACUAAGUAUUUUUUAUUAAAUAAAAUAUGUUUGUGUAAUUCA